AUGAAUGUUCACAGUUUUCACCUUACAUCUGGACUUCGACUAUCUAAACCGAUGGCCUUCACCACCGGAUUCCGGUUAUUAUGCAGAUACCACCACCGGCUCACUCUCCCAGCUCGAGUGCCUCCAUUUCCGGGGCUCCGAAGAGGAGCGUCGGAGCUCCGGUUCCUCUCCGCCGCGGUUCCUCAGAGGAGACGUGUGCGCCCAGUGAGUGCUACGCGGGGGGAAGUUGAGGCGGCGGAUGGUGGGGAUACAGUGAACGGAAGCGUCAUUGUGAGUGAUGGUGGUGGCAUUGGGAGUGGUGGAGGCGAGGGUAGGAUUGUCGCUACUGAGCUCCACAAGGAGGCCACCGAUGCGUACAUGUCGUAUGCCAUGUCAGUGCUACUCGGGCGAGCGCUGCCUGAUGUUCGUGACGGGUUGAAACCGGUGCACCGGCGGAUACUGUUUGCAAUGCAUGAACUUGGUCUUUCUUCAAAGAAGCCAUACAAGAAAUGUGCAAGAGUUGUUGGAGAGGUUCUUGGCAAGUUCCAUCCACAUGGAGAUAAUGCUGUUUAUGAUUCCUUGGUGAGAAUGGCACAGGAUUUUUCCUUGCGCUUUCCACUUAUUCAAGGACACGGGAACUUUGGGUCGAUUGAUGCAGAUCCUGCUGCAGCAAUGCGAUACACUGAGUGCAGAUUGGAUCCGCUUACGGAGGCAAUGCUGCUUUCAGAUAUUGAUCAAAAUACAGUUGAUUUUGUCCCAAAUUUUGACAACUCCCAAAGAGAACCCUCAUUGCUUCCUGCUAGGAUUCCGAGCCUUCUUCUGAAUGGUGCCUCUGGCAUUGCGGUUGGCAUGGCCACAAAUAUCCCUCCACACAAUCUUGGAGAGCUUGUUGAUGCACUCUCUUCCUUAAUUCAUAAUCCAGAAGCAACGCUCCAAGAACUACUUGAGCACAUGCCUGGACCUGACUUCCCUACAGGAGGAAUCAUAAUGGGCAAUAUUGGCAUCCUGGAGGCAUACAGGACAGGGCGAGGAAGCAUAACAGUUAGAGGAAAGACUGAUAUUGAAUUACUUGAUUCCAAAACAAAACGUACUGCAAUUAUAAUUAAAGAGAUACCUUACCAGACAAACAAAGCCUCUCUUGUUGAGAAGAUUGCUGAACUUGUGGAAAAUAAGAGUUUGGAAGGGAUAAGUGAUAUACGCGAUGAGAGUGAUCGAUCAGGAAUGCGUGUAGUCAUUGAGCUUAAGAGAGGAUCAGAUUCAUCUAUUGUAUUGAACAAUCUCUAUCGUCAUACGGCUCUGCAGUCUACUUUUAGUUGCAACAUGGUUGGUAUUCUCAAUGGCCAACCAAAGUUGAUGGGCUUGAAGGAGAUGCUCCAGGCAUUUUUGGAUUUUAGAUGCUCGGUUGUUGAAAGGCGAGCAAGGUUCAAACUUUUACAAGCACAAGAAAGAAAUCAUAUUGUUGAGGGCAUUAUUAUUGGACUUGAUAAUUUGGACAUGGUUAUUGAUAUAAUAAAACAAGCCUCGAGCAACGCACAGGCAGCUGGGAAUUUGAUGAAAGAAUUUGGAUUGUCAGAGAAACAAGCCGAUGCAAUAUUGGAUAUAAGCCUAAGAAGGCUCACAGCACUAGAGAGAAAUAAGUUUGUUGCUGAAGGAAAAUCUUUGACAGAACAAAUUCUCAAGUUACAAGAACUUCUGUCCAGUAGAAAGAAAAUACUCCAGGUAAUUGAAAACGAGGCAAUUGAACUAAAACACAAGUUUUCCUCUCCUCGACGUUCAAUGCUGGAGGAAUCAGGCAGUGGCCAUGUUGAAGAAAUUGAUAUUAUCCCAAAUGAUGAAAUCCUUCUGGCAUUUAGUGAGAAGGGUUAUGUUAAGCGGAUGAGGCCUGAUACGUUUAAUCUUCAAAACCGUGGGACUAUUGGUAAAUCAGUUGGUAAAUUAAGGGUAGAUGAUGCUAUGUCCAAUUUCAUUGUUUGUCAUGCCCAUGAUCAAGUCCUAUAUUUUAGUGAUAAAGGUACAGUGUACUCUGCUCGAGCUUACAAGAUACCUGAAUGUAGUCGAGCUGCUACUGGCACCCCCUUAGUUCGGAUAUUGUCCUUGUCUGAAGGUGAGAGAAUUACAUCAAUUAUUCCUGUGGAUGAAUUCAUGGAGGAUCAAUUUCUUAUUAUGGUCACAGCAAAAGGUUAUAUAAAGAAAGUGUCUUUAAACUUUUUCUCCUCAAUCAGAUCGACAGGAAUCGCAGCGAUUCUAUUGGUCCCUGGUGAUGAACUCAAAUGGGUGGGGCGUUGCACUAAUGAUGAUUUGGUAGCAAUGGCUUCACAAAAUGCAAUGGUUAUUUUGAGUCCUUGUGAAAAUGUAAGAGCACAAGGAAGGCAUACUCGGGGCUCAGUUGCUAUGAGACUGAAAGAAGGGGAUAAAAUGGCUAGCAUGGACAUAAUACCAGCUGCUUUGUGGAGUGAUUUUGGGAAAGUUACAGAAGCUGACAAAAGUGGUAAGAGCACAAAAGGCCCAUGGCUGUUGUUUGUGUCUGAGAGUGGUUUAGGAAAGAGAGUCCCUCUCAGCCGGUUUCGCACAUCACCUUUGAACAGAGUUGGUUUAAGAGGUUACAAGCUUUCAUCUGAAGAUCGGCUGGCAGCAGUAUUUGUUGUUGGGUUUUCUCUGGGAGAUGAUGGUGAAAGUGUUGAACAAGUUGUUCUUGUGAGCCAGAGUGGAACUGUGAACCGGAUAAAAGUUCGGGAUAUAUCUGUUCAAUCACGGUUUUCAAGAGGAGUUAUUCUGAUGCGGCUUGAUCAGACUGGAAAAAUCCAAUCGGCUUCAUUGAUCUCAGCAGCAGAGUCUGAGUCUGAUGAACUUGAAGAAGCCACAGUUGCUGCUGCUUCUUCAUAGGACUUGGGCAUUGGGCGGUAUCCAAUGAUGUUGUAUCACAGAUGAUUGUACAGCUAAUGACUUAUGGUAUCAAUAGAAAUAGGUUGGUUAUUAUGUUAUUAUUAUCAUUAUUAUUGUUAUUUUGGAAAAAAGUUUAGUCUCUAGUUAUAGUGAUUUUGAAGGAACCUUUUAUUGUACUAUUGAUUUUUGGAGCAAAUACCAAUUUUGGUCU